GGCACUGUAUCGUACGAUUGUUUUUUCUUUUUUGUCUGUGGACAACUAUCGAGUUGACUGGCUGGAAAAAAACAAACUUUAAUGAACGCGUUUUAAUAAAAACCUAUCAUCGAACAGUGUCCGAAGAAUUCCAAACUCAUCUUCAUUCCGUACGUGUAUAUAAAUAACUUAAUAUAUAUCCAAGUUAUAAUGGAUCGUCCUAUUGGUGCCUUCGUUAAUCCCUUUGGCCAGCGUCCCUGGAUGGCACAGACUGGUGCUGCAGCUCCAAGUGGCGGUGGUAAAGGUUUAAAAGGUAUAAUUGCUGGCGGUAUUACCGGCGGCAUAGAGAUUUGCAUCACAUACCCUACGGAAUAUGUCAAAACACAAUUGCAAUUAGAUGAGAAAGGUGCCAAUAAAAAAUACAACGGAAUCGCUGACUGCGUGAAAAAGACAGUCAAACAAAGAGGUUUCUUUGGCCUUUACAGAGGUUUGAGUGUUUUGUUGUACGGAAGUAUACCGAAAUCUGCAGCUAGGUUUGGUGCAUUCGAAACAUUACGUGGUCAUAUGGCUGAUGCGAAUGGCCAACUGAGUACUUCUGGAAAAUUGUUGGCUGGUUUGGGAGCUGGUGUAUGUGAGGCUGUGUUAGCUGUAACACCCAUGGAGACCAUUAAAGUGAAAUUUAUUAAUGAUCAACGUAGUGCGAAACCUCAGUAUAAAGGAUUUGCUCAUGGUGUAGGCUGCAUCAUAAAAGCAGAAGGUAUUAGCGGCAUUUACAAGGGUUUAACGCCUACCAUCUUAAAACAGGGUUCCAAUCAAGCAAUUCGCUUCUUUGUUAUGGAAUCUCUUAAGGACCUGUAUAAGGGUGAUGACAAAAAUAAACCAGUUCCUAAAUUAUUGGUUGGUGCAUUCGGUGCUUUUGCCGGUGCUGCUUCAGUGUUUGGUAAUACUCCUUUGGAUGUGGUCAAGACUCGCAUGCAAGGUUUAGAAGCCUCCAAAUACAAAAAUACUGCCGAUUGUGCUAUGAAAAUUUGGAAGAAUGAAGGUGUUACCGCUUUCUAUAAAGGCACAGUACCUCGCCUAGGUCGUGUCUGUCUUGAUGUGGCCAUAACAUUCAUGAUUUAUGACUCAUUUAUGGAUUUAUUCAACAAAGUGUGGAAAGACUAAAUAAUUUACUUCAUCGACUAAAUCCGACUUAAACUGUGUACUUUUUUUUUAGUUUAUUUCCUUUAUAUAUUAAAAUAUUAUUGGCUAUACUAGUCAAUGCCCAGUUAAUUAUUAACAUCUUGCUAGUUACUUUUUAGUUACAUUUACAUAAUGUAUGUGCACGUCGAUAAUGUUUUUUUUUAAGAUUGACACUAUUAUAAAUGUGAUGCAAAAGAAACAUUCUUUGGAAAUUGCAUUUAAAUAAAUAUUACGUAUAUAUAUAUAUGUGUGUAUAAAUUUAUUUUUACUUACAAACUUUUCUGUUUAUUACUCGUAAAAACAACCAUGUAUAAACUUUAUAAUAAUAAAUACUACUAUAUUGUAUA